GGAAAAAUCAUCAACGGUGAUCAAAUUAAAUUAAGUAGAUUCAUUUUAACCCUCACACAGCGAAACUUCUUCACCAAAACCACCUUAUUUAUACACUAACAGUUUGAAGAAGCAGCAAACAUGUUCUACACCUGUGGUCCCAACGAAGCUAUGGUGGUGUCAGGGUUCUGUCGUUCUCCUCCACUGAUGAUACCUGGAGGCCGAGUGUUCGUCAUCCCCUGUAUUCAGCAGAUACAGAGGAUUUCCCUUAACACUCUCACUCUGAAUGUGAAGAGCGAUAAAGUCUACACUCGCCAUGGCGUGCCCAUCUCUGUCACAGGUAUAGCCCAGAUGAAGAUCCAGGGUCAGAAUAAACAGAUGUUGGCCGCAGCAUGCCAGAUGUUCAUGGGAAAGUCAGAAGGAGAGAUCGCUCAGAUCGCAUUGGAGACACUGGAGGGCCACCAGCGGGCCAUCAUCGCCCACCUGACUGUUGAGGAGAUCUACAAGGACCGUAAGAAGUUCUCAGAGCAGGUUUUUAAGGUGGCUUCCUCUGACCUCGUCAACAUGGGGAUCAGUGUCGUCAGCUACACCCUCAAAGACGUUCACGACGACCAGGAUUACCUGCAUUCACUGGGAAAAGCUCGCACAGCCCAGGUUCAGAAAGACGCUCGCAUCGGAGAGGCCCAAAACAAGAGAGAUGCUGUAAUCAGGGAAGCCCAUGCAAUGCAGGAGAAAAUCUCAGCUCAGUACAAGAAUGAGAUCGAAAUGGCGAAGGCCCAGAGGGACUACGAGCUGAAGAAGGCAGCUUAUGACAUAGAGGUCAACACUAAGAAGGCUGAGUCUGAGAUGGCCUACCAGCUGCAGGUAGCGAAGACAAAGCAGCGCAUCGAGGAGGAGAGGAUGCAGGUGCAGGUGGUGGAGCGGACGCAGCAGAUCAUGCUGCAGGAGCAGGAGAUCACCCGCAGGGAGAAAGAGCUGGAGGCUAAGGUGAAGAAACCUGCGGAGGCGGCGCGGUACCGCCUGGAGAAACUGGCUGAGGCUCAGCGUCUGAAGUUGAUCAUGGAGGCAGAAGCUGAAGCCGAGUCCAUCAGGAUGAAAGGUGAAGCCGAGGCGUUUGCAGUGGAGGCCAAAGGUCGUGCUGAGGCAGAGCAGAUGGCGAAGAAGGCAGAGGCCUUCCAGGAGUAUAAGGAUGGAGCCAUGGUGGACAUGCUGCUGGAGAAACUGCCUCAGAUGGCAGAAGAGAUCAGCAAACCUCUGUGUGAAGCCAAGAAGGUUACCAUGGUGUCCAGUGGAGCCGGGGAGGUGGGCGCCGCCAAACUGUCAGGAGAGGUGCUGGAGAUCAUGACCCGCCUCCCUGAUGCCGUGGAGAAACUGACCGGAGUCAACAUCUCCCAGGUGACUUCUCGUGUAGGCUGAAGAGAACCAUUGGAAAUGGUGACCAGGCAGCUCCUCUCUCCCACUGUCUUCUCUCAUCUUCUGCCUGGACUCUCUGCUCACAGCCUCUUCCCUCCUCUUACAUCACCUGUAUCUGCCUCUGUCACCUCCAACAUCUUCUUGUGAUGUUUCUGUGUUGUGAAAACACUUCAAAUCAAAUCUUUUUCCUUUUCGUAUUGGUCACUGAUUACCAGUUCCAAGUAUUGUGCUCCUCUGGCUGCAAUUACAGUUGUUGUUUCAGAUUAUUUGUUUUUAUUUAGUCAAUAUGUCAAACUGGUCCUGCAUCAAAUUCUACAUAACAGUGGUUCUCAACCUUUACCAACUGUAACCAUACAGAGGCCAAAUAAUGUCUUC